AUGAAUAAAUCUAAAGAUAAUGAUCAAACAUUUGUAAUUAAAAUAUUGGACGAUUUGCGAUCGAAUAAUAAUCGGACAAAGUCAUCGGGGAUGAGAUAUGAUACCAGCAUGAUGACUUCAAAUGAUUCUUUGUUACUAUCAAAUAAACGACGACGAUCUUGCAGUCCUGAUCUACAAGAAUCUAUACUCACACCCAUAACUUCACCAUGGGAAUCUCGUCGCAUAAAACAAGAGUUGAUUAAUGCUCGUGCAGAAAUUGCUUCACUCCAAGAAAGAAAUAAGACUCUUUUCAACCUUAAAAAAGAAUCUGAUAUUUUAUUUGAAAAAGAAAAGUCUGCUUUAGAACACAACAUCAAUAAAUCAAAAUUAACGAUUGAUCAGUUGGAUAACAGACUUAAAGAAAUCCGAUACGAAAAAUCAAAUUUAAAAGAAGAAAAUGAUAAUUUAAUGAAAAAACUUGAGUCCUUAAUGGAAGAAAACCGGAGUUAUACAUCAAAUCUGGAAAAAGAAAAUAAGGAACUCGAAGAUAAACUAACCAGCGUGACUUUAGAGCUUACAAAAUACCAAAAUGAAAGUGCAUCAAGAAAUUGUACCGAUUAUGAAUUAAAUGAACUAAAAAAAACUUUACGGUCAAAUGAAAAGUACAUUGAAGAAUUAACCAGCAAUUUAAGAAAAAAACAAAUUGAAAUUAAUACAUUGGAAAAUGACCAAGUCAAAAUGAACACUGCUAAUCAAAGAAUUAAAUGUUUGGAAAAUGAAUUAGCUUCUUUACAAGAAAGUGCUAUGGUAGUUAACGCCCAAAGAGAAAAAUUGAAACGGUUUAAUUCUAUGGAAAAUGAACUCAUUUCAUUAAGAGAAGAAGUAGCUAUUUACAGAAAUGAUGUAAAGCAAACAGAAAUUUUGGAAAAUACAGUUGCUACUCUCGAAAGUAAAUUAAACAAACAUGAGUUAAUUGAAAAAGAAGCUAUGCAAUUACGAUCAAGUUUAGCAGUUAGUGAAGAUCGUUUGAAAACAUGGAUAGAUGUUUGCCGAGAAGUCUGUGAAAAUGUUACUGAAACUCAGUGUUAUCCAGAAUAUUUGCGUUACUAUGUUGACAAUCUAAAGAAAAAAGAUCUAUUAUUAGUCAAUGAGAAAGGAGAACUACAAACCAGUAUUGCUCGAUUGGAAUUAAAACUUAAGCAGAUGGAAGUUAUGUUGCUUAAAGCAAGAGAACAACUAAUCAUUGAAACAAAUAAUAAUAACAAAAAUGAAUUAACCAUUAAACGGUUAAAGAAACAAAACUACAUUAUUACAUGGGAGCGCAAUGAUUUGAGAGAACUUUUAGAUUCGUUUCAAAAAGAAGUCACUGUCAUAGGCAAUAUAAAUGGUGAAGAUACUAGAAUUGAAGUAUUAGAAAAAGCUAUAAAUGGUUACAAAUUGCGUAUGAAUCAGAUUGAGACAGAUCCAUCUAUGUAUGUGCCAAUUGAUAAUAAUAAACGGUGGAUAGAUGAAAAAAAUUUACUUUUAAAAGAGAAAGAAGAACUUAUUAAUAAAUAUAAACAAUUGGAAGCCAAAUGUAUUGAUUUAAAUGAUCAAAUAGAUCAUAGAGCUUUGAAAGGAGAUUUUAAUUUAAAAGAAACUAAAGUGUUACAUUUCAAAAUGAAUCCCGCAUCCGAAGGAUUUAAUCAUUAUCAAAAUGAAUUAGCCAAAGCUAAGCAAGAAAUAGAAAAGUUAAAGGAACGAAUUAAAGCUAUGCAGGAAGGUAUUUCUAUGAAUCUGACACAAGUAGUAGAAAAUAGAGUUGAAACAAAUGCAUCUCAGGAAGUAGAAGGGCUUAAAGAAAAAUUAAAAUCUCAAGAAAUUCAAAAUCAAAGGCUACGUGAAGUUUUUAAAAAGAGUAGUCAAGAAUUUAGAGAAUCCGUUUACACAUUGUUAGGUUUUAAGGUUGAUGGACUUCAGAAUAAUAUGUAUAGACUAACAAGUCAAUUUGCUUUUCAUGAGGAAGACAACUUAAUGUUCCAAUUAAAUGAAGGUUCAAUGCAUUUGCUAGAAACUCCUUUUUCAAAAACUAUUGAAGAAAUGAUAGCCUUACACCUGGGUCAACAACGUUCAAUACCAGUUUUACUAUCUAGUCUGACUAUUGACUUGUUUAGUAAACAAAGCAUGAUCAUGACUGCUGAUUCGACAAGGCUUGAAUCAGCCAUCAACUAG